CAAGGAAGUACAAUACCGCAGACAUAUUAGAAUUUUCCAAAUCCGUUAUGGCCUGUGAAGGACAGUUUUCAGUUUCCUGUAGCCUGUGUGAGGAGGACACCAGAAUAGAAUGGAAGUGCUUAAAUUGUGACAUGCUCAUGUGUGACAAGUGUAAAGAGAAAAUUCAUGUGAAAUUCAAAUUUGCCAAGGAUCACAAAGUUGUUUCUAUUCAUGAGGUUGGACUUCAUGCAGAAGAAAUAGAUUUUUCCAAUUUAAGUUGCAAAAGCCACACAAGGCAAUCAUGUGUGAUGUUUUGCAAAUCGUGUGACUGUUUAGUAUGUCCACUAUGUAUCUCUGAAACCCACAAUGGCCAUGGUCUGGUAGCCAUCGGAGAGGGGUAUGAAAUCAAGAUCGAAAAAUUGAAGACAGGUCAAAUGAAUAUUAGAACUAAUAUUGAUGAGCUGCAGAGAAGGAAAGCAGAAAUGAAGUAUGUUCAUAGUAAUGAACUUUCCAAAUUUGAAAACACUAUGAAGAAAAUUAAAGAUCAGAAUGUCCUGCUGAAGAAGGAAGUAGAUCAACAUACUGAAAAAUUGGAAACUGAGCUAAUUAAAAAGUGGGAAGAUUUAAAUCUGAAUACUGAAAAGGGACAAAAUGAGGUGAACCUGCUGAUUGGAAGUCUGGAAUCCAAAAACUUAAAAUUAGAUGAUAUUAUCCAAUCCAUGGAUGCCAAAAAAGUCUUUGUGGAUGGUUCGGGGUUAGUAAAAUCAAUAGAGGAAGCAGUCACAUUUCCUUGUACGAAGUUCGAUUCUAUUCCAACAUUUCUUCCUGAACAAAUAACUGCAUAUAACAUUGGUUCAUUAGAAAAAGUUUCUACAAAGGAUGAAAUCAAAAUUAUCAAACAAUUUGACACUAAAAUCUCAGACGUAUAUUAUAUGGCAAUGGCAGCCGGUUCUGUGGAUGCACUGUGGAUUUCUGACCAGGAUGUAUUACAGAAAGUAAAAAUAGAAGGGACGAGUUUGGAGAUAAUUGCUCAAAAAGACAUAACAAUUUAUGGUAUGGCUAUUACUCCAUCCAAAGAUCUCCUUUUGGUUUGUAAUGGAAGUAGACUGAUGCAGAUCAGUGACCAAACAGGCGAAGUGACCAAAUCUAGGUAUGAGGUAAAGGAUUUAGAGGAGACAUCAGCUGUUCAUGUAGACUCGGAUGGAACAGUCACUGUUGGUGCUUUUAGUGGGGAAGUAGUAUACCCAGCAGUGGGAAGACGGGUUGUGAUUGUAAUGAACAGAAAUGGGAAACAUGAAACUACUUAUGAAUAUGACAAACAAGGCAAUCAUAUAUUUACAUAUGUUAAGAAUAUUACCAGAACAAAAAAUGGUAAUACCUGUGUAGUGGACAGGUUAUCUAAAGAUAAGAGAGGCAGGGUGGUAAUACUGAGUGAGGAUGGAGAUAUUAUGAAUCUCUUCAAUGGCCAUCCAGAAGUGAACACAGACAAAAUCCCUUUUAGACCAUUUCGUGCAGUAACUACUCCAUCUGAUAAUAUUGUUGUAUCAAACGAGAACACUGAUAUUUUAUUUUUUCUAAACAGUUCUGGAAAUUUGAUUAGAUGGUGUGACAUGGGAAAGAUUGGAAUAUUUAAUAUCUACUCUCUUUGUAUUUCGGAAUCUGGACAUCUUUACAUAGGAAAAAAAGGCAAAAUAUAUGAAGUGAUUGAACGGCAAACAGAUGGCAAUAAAAUUUUCAGCUUAUGUAAAUAUUUGAUAGUUAUAACAAUCUUGAAAAUCAACAUUUGA